UCUGUGGGCUUUAUACUUUCUGCCUGGACCACUAUAAAAAAAAACACACACACACAAACAUAAACAAAACAAACAAAUCCCAGCUGACAUUAACGACGCCUUCCUAACCACGUCCCCUUCCCCACUGUGUCUUUUUUUUUUUUUUUUUUUAAAGAGGGAGGAGGACUUUUUUGAGGAGCGGAGGGUGAAUUUGUUUGAGCACACGCUGUCAGGAUUGAGCUGAUGUGAGCGCUGCAUCAAGUGCGCGGCGGUGAUGCUCCGGUAUAAAACAGCCCGCUGUAUUUUGGCACAGAGGGGGAUGCAUCAGUUUAACCCUCGGCUCUGCCCUCCGGACUCGCCCAUACAGUAUUCAGCCUAGAUAAGUUGAGGGGAUGUGUGAACCUAUUGCGAGGAAUCCUGCCGCGCCAUAUUCCUGAGGAUCUCUCUCUGUUCGCUUUUUUUUUUUUCUUCAACUUCGAUGGCUUGAGUGGCCCAUUUGCACUCAUGCUCGCAGCCGAGGAGGGAUGUAAGGUACGGGCCAUCUACCGCCCUCACAUUGCACGGAGUACUAGCGGCGUGAUUCAGGUCGCUAUCUGAGUGCCAAUAAGAAAAAAAACUACUUUCGAGAUGUGAAUUAUCGAGAUUUGUAUACUCAUUCCACCGGCUCGCCUGUCCUAUGCUAUCGACAACGGGAUUUCAAGAGGAAAAUGAUUGUGGCAUAAACUAUUUCUGGAGACGCUUGUCACAGAUAUCGCCGCUCAACUGGACAGGGUGGAUGGUUAUUUCCCAAACUGUUCAAGCCUAUGUAUACUGCAUUCAUUUGUUGGAAACGUUGCCUAGUAUCUUCGAGAACAGCGCAAGAGGAAUGCUGGUCCAAGAUCUAAUGCCAUUUACUUUAAGUUUUUGGCCUUUUUUCUUCGGUCAUUGCCUUCUUUCACUGUUUUUACUCUCAUGCCAGGGAGAGCUCCAGAGGUCAUGCUCACGGACGGUGGCGGAGAAAGUUAGUGAACAAUGCCAGCUGGCAUGCCACUGUCGAAGAUACCCUCCUCUUCCUCCUCCGCCGCCUCCACCACCUCCCCCACGGCUACUGGGCACCACAGUGGUAGAGCCCAUAGUGCCCUUGUUGCGGCCAUGGUGGAUGGAGAUGGACAUUAUAGUGCUUGGAACGGUGGGCUGUGCCUCGGUUGUCUUCCUCCUCUCAGCCAUCAUCAUCUGCUACAAGGCCAUCAAGAGGAAACCACUACGAAAAGAAGAGAACGGGACAAGUCGUGGGGAAUAUGCCAUGAGCAUCCGUAACAAGAAGGCCAUGGGUACGAACAACACUGUGGUAUAGACUGUCUCCUGGUAGACACAGGAAGUGACAUCACAAUUACCGUCUCACCCCCCCCACCCACCCACCCACCCCAAAUACAACAACAAUCCCCAUUCACCCAGAAUGCAACUGGGUUUUACCCAAGAUUUUCGAAUAGGUAAAUCUUUCCUCUUUGCUUGGCAUGUUGCCCGGACUGAAGACACCAUUCAGCUCCAGAGGAGCUGUAAAAGAUGGAAGGGAAAAAAAUCAAGGCAGAAAGGACGGAGAGAAAAAUCCACAAACCCCCAUGGUGUUGAAAGUGGCACAGCAGGCUGAACAUUAGGCUCUUAGUAACAGCAAGUGUUGCUGACAGGCUGGUUGGCUGCUGGCUGGAGAGGGACUGUCUGCCAGUCUGCGGCAGAUCCAGACCUCACACACUGUUGACAUCUGCAAUGGAACAACAGACAAUACAGCAGCCCUGCAGUCCCAUGGGUGGCCAGACAGGACAGCCCCAUCACACACAAUAAAUAACGUGCAUGCAGUUUUUACAGAGAAUGCAACAUUUUUUUAUAUUCUAAUUACACACUGUCCAUCUUUUGUUCUCCAUUUUUGAGACAGAUGCUUUGUGAGAGGCAUGAUGUUACUGUCGGUCCUGGCUCUGAGAUGUGGAUUCAUCUGACUAUGCAAUUUAAAGAAAUCCAUAUAAAAAAAAGAGGAGGAGAGCAACAACAUCAACAGGGGACUGGUUAUUUUACCAUGCCAAAAAUGCCACCGAAGACCUAGGCUCAAUGUAAUAUACUUCAGUCAUUCAUCAAUUUAUUUCCUCUAUUUAUUUACUUAUCUAUCUUUGAAUUUAUUUUUCUACUUAAAAGAAAAAAAACUGUCUUGUAAGUUACUCACAUCUUUACAACUCUUGAACAUCUUGAUGAAUUCAUUUUAUUUCUUGAUAGCUCUGUUUUUUAAGUGAAUCAUUUAUAAACCAUAUAAUUCAUUUGUGAUGCUCCAAUGCUUUAAGCCUGCUGUCAGUUUGUUGAGACACUGAUGCAGAAAACACGCUUCACUGCAAAGAGUUUUGGUAUCAGUUGUUUUGUCUCUGGAUGUUUGAUAUGCUUUUCUCUGUUUCCCUGAGACUUUGGCUAAAAAUCCAGGGGUCUCUAUGAUGUGCUAUGUGAAUGUGUGUUUUCCAAACAUUAUUUCUGUGCUGCAUCAUAUGCCAGCCCCCAUUUUAGAUUUGUUAAUUCAUUGCCCACGCCACCCUAAAGUUAAACCUGAUAUUACAAGUAAUUUGGUUAAAUCUUGUUGUUUCAGAGUCUUGGGGUCAGCUAGAUGCCUUCAGCCGUGUUUUGUUUGGGUUUGACAAUCUUCAUUUUUCUAUCUGUCAUGACGGGCUUAGCCCAUCGCUAUAGAAACAGGGGACAUGAGCCCAGGGCUGACCUUGUGACUGGUGAGAGACAGGAGACUUAGCCAAUAGCCAGAGAUCAGGUUGCACAGAGGAUGGCCUCAGUAGGGAUGUGUGUGACUCAGUGCUGUCACAGGCAUCCUCCACAUCCCCACUGGAAAAACAUAACUGAGCUGAACUGGAGCAUCACUCAACGCUGCUCUGCUCUGCUGCUUUUUUUUUUUUUUUACAUUAAAUCUGCGUGUGUCUGUGCGUGCAUGUGUGUGAGUGUGUGUUUGUCUGUCUGUCUGUGAGUGUGCAUGCAGAUGAGUGUACUCAGUGAGAGUGGGCUGUACUCUGUGGCUGUCAGUUAAGUAUAGAUAUUGGCUAAACUGUGGAAAUUUGGAAAAACACAUGCUUGCAUCAAAACAUGCACAGGUUAUUAGCUUAACAGUAUACCCCACCAUGUACUUAUAUGAGAGAACUGAUGGAUGCAUGAAUGUAAAUAUUGAUAUUUAAAUAUCUGCCUUCUGGACUGUUAAUUAAUGUACAGUGUAACAGAACAUAUGUUUAUACAUAGUAAAACAAUGUGCUACCAUUUAGAAUUAUGUCAAUGUUGUCAUGUUGAUGGAGCAAGCCAUUAAUGUAUAUAUGGCAAUCAAUAGUACAUACACAAUUUAUGCAUUAUACCAAACAGAUAGAAAGAUGUGCAUAAGUUGAUUUCAUUGCUGAGUUUUUCAGUUGUAAAUAAAACUGUACAUAACAACAGAA